AUGGACCCGUCUGCUCUGCUGCAAUGCUUUGCAGGUACCUUGGAUCACAACCAUGAUGUGCGCACUGAAGCUGAGUCUCAGCUCAAAAUGGCCGGGAAAACUCCUGGAUUUCUUGGAGCAUGUCUAGACAUUAUAUCUGCUGCGGAUGUGCCUGAGAAUAUCAAACUAUCAGCAGCUCUGUACUUUAAGAAUAAAAUUCUUUAUGGAUGGAGCGGCAAGCAGCACGGCAGAAACGAGCUACUUGAGAUCACGGUCGAUAAUGACGAAAAGCCAGUGGUGAAAGAUAUGUUUGUGAAGGCACUUGUGCAGUCGUCGAUCUGCUCCCCCAACUGCAUGAGACUGUUACAGCCUGCUUUAACUACUAUAGUGGCUGAAGAAUAUCCUCGAAAACAAUGGGAUUCACUUCUCAGCAGCUCUUUUGAGCUUCUGAGCUCAAACGACGUGAACUCUGCUCAUGUCGGACUUUUGUGUUUGAGUGAAAUUUUCAGGACGUAUAGAUGGAAGGAUAACGACUCAAGGCAGGAAUUAGAGCAUCUCAUUAUGCAGUACUUCCCGCCACUUCUCGAGUUUGCUUCCAAUACACUCCUUGGUGAGGGUGGAAACAUCGAUAAUGCUAAAGUAGGUGAUAUGAUCAAGUUGGUUCUUAAAAUUUACAAAUUUGUCACCUAUCAUGAUCUGCCCUUCACGCUACAAAGGCCUGAUAACUUCAUUGCCUGGGCAAAUCUACACGUUGCCAUCAUUCAGCUGCCUCUUUCGCCCCAAAUUUUGGCUACCGAUCGCACUAGCCGAAAGAAUCAACCCUGGGUCAAAGCCAAAAAAUGGGCUUACGCUAACGUCUCUAGACUAUUUCAAAGGUACGCGUCCACGUCUCUAUCUCGCAAAUUCAGCUAUGACGAGUUCAAAGCGUUAUUUUUACAAGAAUUCUUGCCACAGUUGUUACAGCUCUAUUUUCAGCAAAUUGAGCAAUGGAGUAACCAGUCUUUGUGGCUCAGUGAUGAGGCAAUUCAUCAUGUUUUAGGAUUUUUAGAACAAGCUGUUGUUCAAAAAGCCACAUGGCCAUUGAUCAAACCGUUUUACCCUAUUCUUUUAGAGUAUGUCAUCUAUCCUUUGCUCUGCCCUACUCAGGAAUCUAUGGAGACUUUCGAAUCUGACCCUCAAGAAUAUAUACACCGCAAUCUCGAAACUUGGGAUGACGAAUAUUCCCCAGACUUUGCCGCUUUAUCGCUUCUCACAACUUGUGUCUCGAAGCGUGGAAAAACCACUUUGAAACCUACUGUUGUAUUCGUUACAGACAAAUUGAAGGCUAAUCUAACUGAAAUUGAUGUCUCAGAGAAAGUUGUAGAGGCAGAAUCUUCUCUAAGAAUCAUUUCUAACAUUUUAGACCGUCUAUGUCAAAAAAAUUCCCCAUUUGCUAACGACGUUGAAAACAUAUUGGUUUCCCUUGUGUUCCCUUACUUUCACUCCCCUCAUCAAUUUUUGAAAGCUCGUGUUUGUGAAAUAUGCUCUAAGCUGGGAGACUACCAGUUCAAAAACGAACAAACAUUGCAAACUCUUUACAAUGAAAUCAUCUCAUGUUUUAUGGAGGAGUCGGAUUGUCUCCCUGUGGAGUUACUAGCGGCAUUAGCGGUUCAGGCCUUCAUAAAUGUGCCCGAAUUCCAAGUCCCAAUAUCUGCCAAUGUGGUACCUAUGACGCAGAAGCUUUUGCGGAUUUCCAACGAAAUCGAGUCAGAUGCAGUUUCCGGCGUAUUGCAAGAAUUUGUGGAGUGCUUUGCUGAACAAUUGCAACCUUUCGGUAUUGAGUUAAUGAAUGACCUCGUGCAACAGUUUUUGAAGUUGGCUAUUGACUUGAAUGAUUCUUCAAACUUCGACAUAAACAACAUCAGUGACUAUAAAGAUCUACCUGAUGACACUGAAAAGCAAAUGGCAGCACUUGGCAUAUUAUCGACAGCUAUCUCGAUUUUACUGUCAUUCGAAAACUCGCACGAUAUCGUUAAGAGCCUCGAGCAGUCGUUCUACCCAGCUGCUGAGUUCAUUUUGAAAAAUGGCAUGGAAGAUUUUUAUCGUGAAGUUUGUGAAUUUCUAGAGAACUCCACUUUCUUGUUAAGGGAUGUAACGCCGUUUUCGUGGAAGAUACUUGAGCUAAUUGGCGAAUGUAAUCGCAUCGACGAGAGUAUGGUAGCGUUUUACUUAGAAGAUUUUAUGCUGGCCUUCAAUAACUAUCUGGUCUACGGCCAAGAAGAACUGAGAAAAAACUCCUUCUACUCGAACAUUCUCUUCGAAGUCUACUGCAAGGCGGCGGCAAAUGAAGACAGUUCUAUUGAUGAAAUAAUUCCUGUUUUUGAGCUAUCCCAGAAACUGGUGCUAGCUUUGGGUUCUAAAAUACCAGGCGAACUGCUUGCUAGAUUUCUGAAGGAUGCUCUGAAGGCCAUCAGUGACGAGGCCGCGAAUCUCAAGAAAAGCAUUGCUUUCACGGUGACCUCUUUCAACGUUAUCAUAGCGUGCAUAGCAUGCUGUCCUUGGGACACAUUGCAAUUUCUGGGCUCACAAAACGCUUUGGAGACUUUUUUCAAUCUAUGGUUUGAUUUUUUAAUCCCUAAUUACAAGCGGGUCUAUGACAUCAAAUUAUCGACAAUGGCUCUAUUGAGUAUGGUGAGCGAAGUUUCAACCUCCAACCUCCAGAGCCUGUCUCUUGGUCCGGUCAUUGCCAAGUCCAGCGCUCUGAUCGUGAAAUUGCUAACAACGCUUCCCCAGGCGUUGAACUUACUUGAGGAAAAGCGCAAGACCUAUUCUUCAGACGAGUUUGGUGGUGUCAACGAAGCUGGCUGGGAAGACCUUGGUGAUUACGACGAAGGCGGUGAUGAUGAUGACAGUGACGGGCCCGACGAAGAAGACUACCUAAAUUUCCUUAACAAAGAAGCCCAAGAUCUUAAGUUUGUAGACGGAGGUAACGACAUUCUCAACCAUACCGAGGGUUUCGAGGACCUAGAUGAAGACCCCUUAUCGGGUUCCACGAUUGAUAGUGUGAACGUUUAUGAAGUAUUGAAGCAUGUCAUGCCAGCUAUUCAAAGUGAGGCUGCCAAAUAUCAACUGUUUACCUCCAACCUGUCACAGGAAGAUCAGCAAACUUACGUGGAUCUUCUCAACCUAUAA